AUGGAAGGAAAUAUGUCACACGUCGCUAUUCCACUCUUUGAUGGUGAAAGCUAUGAUCUAUGGGCGGUAAGGAUGCAAACAUAUCUAGAGGGGCUAGAUCUAUGGGAAGUUGUGGAGGAAGAUGAUGUUCCCUUGUUUGAAAAUCCCACCGCGGCUCAAAUGAAAGCGCAUAAAGAAAAGAAAACGAGAAAGGCAAAGGCAAAAUCAUGCUUGUUCGCAGGUGUUUCACAAAUGAUUAUGAUCAGGAUCAUGACUCUAAAGUCUCCCAAAGAAAUAUGGGAAUACUUGAAAGCAGAAUAUGAAGGGAACGAGAAGAUUCGAGGCAUGAAAAUAAAAUUGUUGGGAAAGGAGUUUUCAGAUUCCAGACUCGUUGAGAAAAUUCUGGUGACGGUUCCGGAAAGAUAUGAGGCAUCUAUUGCUUCCUUAGAAAACACAAAAGAUUUGUCUAAAAUUACCUUUACAGAGAUGAUACAUGCCUUACAAGCACAAGAACAACGAAGAUUGAUGAGAGAAGAUCAUGAGGCGGUUGAAGGUAAUUUAAAUUACACGGAAGAUAAUGCUCUCAUAGUCAAGAAAAAUAGAAGGAGCAAAUACAACAACACCCAGGUUUUUCCAUCUUGUCCCCAUUGCAAGAGAAAAGGUCAUCAACCCAAUUGGUGUUGGUGGAGGCCAGAUGUCAAAUGUCACAAAUGCGGUCAAUUGGGAUAUGUGGAAAAGGUAUGCAAAUCUAAAGAUUCUCAAGAAGAUGUUCAAAUUGUGGAGAAUAAAUCAGAUGAGGAUAAAUCAGAGGAGGAUCUACUUUUUACAACAUCAUGUGUCACAACCAACCAAUCUUCAAAAGAUUGGAUUAUAGAUAGUGAUUGCACAAACCAUAUGACUCAUGAUAGAGAAAUUUUCAAGGAGCUGAAUAAAUCAAAUAUUUCCAAGAAUUUGUUAAGUGUUGCUCAAUUGUUAGACAAAGGUUAUAAGGUCUCCUUUGAAAAUAAAGUAUGUGUGAUAAAAAAUACUAACAACAUAGAGGUAUUCAAAGUCCACAUGAAAGACAAAAGAUUUGCGCUGGAUUUUAUGAAGGAGGAAUUUGAUAAAAAGAAAGUGAGCACGAAAGAAGGAUCAAAAUUAGAAGAUAAAUAUCAUUGA